AUGCGGCUGCCCUGGUCCGCUCUUGGCUUGGUCGGUGCGAUCGCAUCGUCGAUCCCCCUCGCGUCUUCUCACGAGAUCCAUUUGGCCUAUUUUCCAGUUACUACUGGGUCAGAUGCCCAGACCGACUCAUAUCUGUCAGUGGAGUGGUCCAUAAAGGGUGGGUCCUUAUUUGCCAACAAUGAUCGAGUCUUCCCACCAUCUACAUCAAUGCAAGUACAUGCACCUCAAUAUGACGGUCCCCAGAAGACCCGCAACAGCAAGCAAAGGGAACUUUACUACUCUCUCGAUGCCCGACCAUUAUCUACCCAUGAAUUCGGUGCUCCCAAUAGCAUUGUCCAGAUCAGUGUAGAGUUGCUCGAUCAACAAGGCAAUAAUGUUACCCCAAACACUGUGGUGCUGGAUCUGCUGGAUCAUCCAGAUGGUAAUAUGCGCAUUACCAGACUUCGUACGGAACCGCGGAAAUCCAAACAAUCAACGCACUCUGAGAAUGAACAAUCAUGGCAAAUGAAGUACUGGCAGUCUGAAGUGGGUCGCGUCGCCAAACACCCCAACACGCAGGACUUGUCCUCCGACUGGGAGUCUACAUCUGAAUCCGAAUUAAAAUCGACAUCAACAUCAACAUCAACAUCCGAUACUACUGAUGACUCCAAUCCAUCUCAAUCUCAAUCCAAGAAUGCCAAUAAACCUCCAAAGCCGAGUGGUGUGUCGGUAGCCUCCAAGGUCGGAUAUAUAUUCUCACCAUACUUUGCUCCUGCUUCUUAUUCUGAAUCACACUCCCAUCAUCGCCAUCACGGCCAGCCUCGCCCAGACCAGACGUUUAUGCAUAUUAUUCGCCCAGUUAUUUUCCCUGCUAUCCUAGGUGCCAUUGCAGGCUUGAUCGCUUGUUUAUUGGGUUUCUUUAUUGGACAUUUACUCAUGUCCGUGUCUUACCGGUUGGGCCUCUGCAAAAAACAACAACGCCAGCGCCGACACCGCCGCUCCAAGGAUUCUCUCCUGGAGGAGGGAACUAUUCUCGAGAAGGCCGAACUUGUCCCCACGAUCAUUGUCACGGAAAUUGAUGAGAUGGAUCAAGUCUAG